GGUCACUCAUCGUUAUAUAACCUCCCCGCCAGAAGUAAGCCGGCUCCGUCAAUCCUCGCUCUGCGAAGAAAAACAUCCCCUCAGAAACAUGACGCUGUUCGAGCUUGACUGAAGAGAAAAAAAAAGGUUUAAAUAAGCGGUCACCUGAAGGCGCUCACCUUUCCCCUCCAAUGCCGGCGGAUAAUAUAUGCUAAAAGGAGGCCCGACGUCUGACGUGGCGUUCGACGUGUGAAUAUAUUAUGUUAAUUGUAGCCAAUAGGGAGAGCGCGUCCGCGUUGACGUACACGAUUAUGUUAAUGUAUGCCCAAGGGAGCCAAUGACGUUCAUUGUUUUGCUGCGUGCUCAUGAAUAUGCAGAGUGGAGCCCCGACACCGAUGCGAAAUACCGGAGGUUUGUGGUGACAGCGUCGGGCUCCUCACGGAGAAAACCACAUUUUAUUUCUUUUUGAAAAUGCACCGAAAGCCUCCACAAGUCACGGAGCCCCGAUGUGACUCGACGGUUUUGUCCUCGUGGCCGGUGGUUCUGAAGACUCUGAUCGAGAACCCGCCGCAGUCGCUGCUGGAUAAAGAGGGUGGGAACCCUUCUUCAGUCCGAAGAAGACCCCCGACCCGAAACGUCGCUUAUCCACUCCCUCCAGCAGUUACUCCAGUACUUUGUGUUUUAAUCAAGCUUCCAGCAACUGCUUCUUUCUAUCUCCAAGGUGUCACUCGAAUGAUCACUAUUUCAGACUCUUCGUGAGAAAAGGACUUAAACCGAUAAUAGAAGGAUGAGGAUAAAGAGAAGACUGUAGAUGAAGCUGCCAGCAGCACCAUGGCAGUAUCAGCUUCCCUCAUGCCAACCAUCUGGGACAAGACCAUCCCUUAUGACGGGGAGACCUUCCACCUCGAGUACAUGGAUCUGGACGACUUCCUGCUGGAAAAUGGCAUCGCGAGCAGCCCAAGCCACCUGGGCCUGCCAGAUGCUCUGGAAAAUAGCCUCUUGUCCGUGGCAGAUCUGGACGAGAAGGAGAUGGCUCCUGCAAUGCCCACACCUGCUUGUAGAAGCGUGAUAUACCCGACAGCAAACUGCAACGAUUCUGAUGGAGACGAGUCUGAAAGUAAUUCUCCCACCUCAGAUGACACAGAGGCGAUUGAUGUGUUGGUGAACUUUGAACCAGACCCUACCGACCUGGUCCUGUCUAGUGUUCCUGGGGGAGAGCUGUUUGAUCCUCGUAAGCACAAGUUUUCGGAUGAAGAACUCAAACCGCAGCCUAUGAUUAAAAAGGCAAAAAAGAUCUACGUUCCACCUGAGCAAAAGGAUGACCGCUACUGGACAAGGCGCAAGAAGAACAACCUGGCGGCGAAGCGGUCGCGGGACGCACGGAGGCUGAAGGAGAACCAGAUCACGGUGCGGGCUGCCUUCCUGGAGAAGGAGAACUCGGCCCUGAGGCUGGAGGUGGCCGAGCUGCGCAAGGAGGUGGGACGCUACAAGAACAUCAUCUCCAAGUACGAAGCCAAAUACGGAACCUUUGUUCCAUGGGACGUGGAAUAAUUCGAGUGUUUUUUUUAAAACCACAUCUGGAAUGGACAGAAAGAACAACUGAGACAAAAGAUCUAAGCAAGUAGAUGCUGACUUUCAAAUGUGUCUGUAAUCUCAAUGUGUGGCUGUGCAGUUUGUCAUUUUAUACCCCCCACCCACACUUUUG